UUUUGUUCCCUACCGAAACAGAUGAACGUUACCAAUGUAGUACGUCCAUUCCCCAUCCUUCCAAUUGUUAGAUUGGUAAGGUCCUUUCGUAAGAAAUGAAAAGUUUAAUGGAGAAUGAUUCUGGUUUGGUGAAUUGGGAAUCUCGACCUCUUGCUCUGCUUGCUUAAAAUUGAUGAAGUCAUGGCAGAAAAAUGAAACGAGGAAAGAAGAAAAACUGAAGCAGCUGGCUGCAGCAGAUAUUUUACUCUGUUUUCGUAAAUUGGGGACGUCAGCUUAACUUACGCCCAUUGCUUAAAAAUGAAGUGGAAGGAGGAAAAAAGAAACUGAGCAGUUGGCUGCAGAAGAUGUUGGGAGAGAGAGAGAUGAGUAUAGGAUUCAACAAAAUGAAGCCAAUAUUCCACUGGGAAAACGGAGAGAGAAAGAAUUGUAGAUCUGAAGGAAGGUAAAGGAUUGGAGAAAGUGCAGAAGCUAAGAGGCACUGAGGGAGAAAGAGAGAGAGAAAGAAGGAGAGAGAGAGGAGAGAGAGAGAGAGAGAGAGAGAGAGAGAGAGAGAGAGAGAGAGACUGCCAUUUUUGAUCUUUCUACCAAAAAUGUUUGUCCAGGACAGAUCAACACCAGCAGCAGCAGCACCCAAUCUUGCAAAGCCCCAAUUCAAAACCCGGACCUCUACUCUCUCCAAGCAGCAGCACGAUGAGAAAGAAGGAGAAGGAGGUGGGGGCCUCUCCUUCUGCCUCUCUCAUAACCUCUUCAAGGUCUUCUUCGUCGUCUUCGCCGUCGUCACCCUCUUCUUCCUCCUCUUCCUCCUUCGGUCCGGAGACACCGCCGCCUUCCUCUGCCUCGAGACUGUCUCCCGCCGAGAAAUCGAGUCGAGGAUCCCCUUCCCCGAGGUGCAAUUCAGCUCCAUUCCUGCCAUCACCGACACCUCCAAGUUCUCCGCUUUCCGGGCCGAGCGAUGGAUCGUCAUCUCCGUCUCCUCGGCGCCGACGGACUCUCUGCGGGAUCUCUCGAAGAUCAAAGGCUGGCAGCUUCUCGCUAUUGGCAAUGCCGACACCCCGAAAGAUUGGCAAUUGAAAGGUACCAUCUUCCUCUCUCUCGACGAUCAGGCUAAAUUAGGGUUCCGCAUCAUCAGCUACCUGCCCUACAAUUCGUACGUUAGGAAGAACGUCGGUUAUCUCUUCGCCAUUCAGCACGGUGCCAAGAAGAUCUACGACGCCGACGACAGGGUACAGGUAAUCGGCGGGGAUCUCGGGAAGCAUUUCGAUCUCGAAUUGGUCGGAGAAGCGGCAAGAAGAGAGACCAUGCUGCAGUAUGUUCACGGCGAAGUCCAGAAGAAGAACAGCAGCAACCCAGGUAGCCCUGUGGUGAAUCCUUACAUACAUUUUGGUCAGAGAUCGGUCUGGCCCCGGGGUUUGCCCCUCGAGAACGUCGGCGACCUCGGCCACGAAGAAUUCUACACCGAGGUCUAUGAUGGGAUGCAAUUCAUACAGCAGGGGCUGUCGAACGGACUGCCGGACGUCGACUCCGUCUUCUACUUCACAAGGAAAUCGAACUUCGAGACGUUCGAUAUCAAAUUCGACGAUAACGCUCCUCGAGUUGCUCUUCCUCAGGGGCUAAUGGCGCCUGUGAAUUCGUUCAAUACCUUGUUCCUUGGACCUGCAUUCUGGGGACUGAUGCUUCCUGUUUCGAUUAGCUCCAUGGCUUCAGACGUGAUCAGAGGCUACUGGGCACAGAGGAUCCUGUGGGAAAUGGGGGGUUUCCUUGCAGUGUAUCCACCAACUGUUCAUAGAGUCGACCGAGCUGAAUCGUAUCCAUUUGCAGAGGAGAAGGAUUUGCAUAUAAAUGUAGGUAGACUGGUCAAGUUCUUGGUAGCUUGGAGAUCGAAUAAGCGGACCCUGUUCGAGAGGAUACUGCAUUUGAGCUAUUCAAUGGCAGAAGAGGGGUUCUGGACAGAGAAGGAUGUUAAGUUUACGGUUGCUUGGCUCCUGGACCUUUUGGCAGUUGGUUAUGUUCAGCCAAGAUUGAUGACCCUUGAGCUUGAUCGGGGACAGACUGUUAUUGGUCAUGGCGAUCCCAAGGAAUUCUACCCGCCCAAGCUUCCAUCAAUGCAUCUUGGGGUUCAAGAAGCUGGCACUGUGAAUUCCGAGAUUGGAGACCUCAUCCAGUGGCGGAAGAGCUUUGGUAAUGUUGUUCUUAUCAUGUACUGUGAUGGGAGCAGGGUGAAUCAUACUGCAUUGGAGUGGAAAAUGCUAUAUGGCCGGAUAUUCAAGCGGGUGGUUAUUCUCUCGGAGCAGGGCAACCCCGAACGUGGAGUCGAAAAUGGUGGCGAAUUCCAGGAAAUCUAUAAGUUUCUUCCCAAGAUAUUCGACAGGUUCCCAAAUGCUGAAGGUUUUCUGUUUCUUCAUGACACGACAAUUCUCAACUACUGGAACCUGCUUGGGGCAGACAAGAAUAAGCUAUGGAUUACUGAUAAGGUUCCUGAGUCCUGGAAGACCAAGUUUUCAAAUUACAAAGACGCACCUGCAUAUUUGAAGGAAGGUGCCGAGAUCCUGAGAAAGCUCAUUGACACCCUUCCUGUUCAUUUUCAAGUUAACUACAAGGAAAAUGUGGGCAACGAAAAGUUUGUUGUCUGCACCUCAGAUGUAUUCUAUGUUCCUCGGCGUUUUGUGGGUGACUUUGCUGACCUUGUGGGUCAUGUUGGAGAUCAGAAACUGCAUCAGAAACUUGCAGUGCCAAUGUUUUUCUUGGCAAUGGAUUCACCAUCUAAUUUCGACUCUGAAGCAUUUAGGAGCAUGGUUUACAGAACCGGCAAGGCAUCCGAUCCUUUGAGUUUCUAUUCAGUGCAAGCUGCUGCUGUGCACCCUUGGACGGUGUCUGCUGAUUCUGAGUUCAUGAAGCUCAUCAGAGCCAUGUCUUCUGGUGACCCCCUUCUACUGGAACUGUUGUAACAUAUGGAACAUCUACUAGCAGGAAAAGUGCUGGAGAUGGUUUGGGCAAGUGGGUUCGGUUGAGAAAUUCUUUUUGUAGAUGGGUAUGUAUUGAUUUUUGCAGGGAAACCUGUCUCUGUGAAACAGAAAUUUUCUCAUUUCUGGAAUUGCCUGUAUUAGAUAUGGAGCACUAGUUAAUGGAAGAAAAAUUUGUCCUC